CUACAAUGAACCAGCCUACCUUUUCUCAAUCUUCAACAUCCUUGCACUGCAGUUCAUGUCAUGGUCAGAAGGACUCUAGAUGCAUUUGAAUUAUCAGUAGGCCUGUCCUUGUUCAUAUGUAAUACGGUAGUUUACGGUCAUAUCAUUGACACGUAUGAAAUUGGAAAAAUUAGCAGAAAGAAAGAUCAAACUUAGAAUAAUUCUCAACCUUGAAUUUGUUUGUGGUUGGGAAGAGAGGUCGCAAUGUUCAAGCAUCUUUGUAUUAUUUUCUGGGUAUAAUUAGGAGAAGUUCUGGCCCCAAAUAAGCACACUGACAAAAGGGGAGAGCGGAGAGAGGUUGAGCUUGAGAUCGGAUAUAUAGAAAUCAAUGGAAGUGAGCAACAAACAGGUAAUAUACAGAGACUACAUCACUGGUUUUCCCAAGGAAACCGACUUGGUACUCAACACUAGUACCAAAAGUUUGAAGGUGCCAGAGGAAUCAAAUGGGGUUCUGGUGAAGAACCUCUACUUGUCUUGUGAUCCCUUCAUGAGGGUUCUAAUGAGAAAAGUCCCGGAUAACAACCUAUUCACUUGCUUCAUCCCUGGUUCUCCGAUAACCGGGUUUGGAGUAGCUAGAGUUUUGGAUUCUAGGCACCCCAACUUCAAGGAAGGAGACUUGGUCUGGGGUACAACUGCAUGGGAAGAGUAUAGUCUCAUCACAACACCAGAAACCCUCAUCAAAAUUGAACAUACCGAUGUACCUCUUUCCUACUAUACUGGAAUUCUUAGUAUGCCUGGAAUGACCGCCUAUGCAGGUUUUUACGAGCUUUGCUCUCCUAGGAAAGGUGAAUGUGUCUUCAUUUCAUCAGCUUUUGGAACAGUAGGUCAGAUUGUUGGGCAGUUUGCUAAGUUGACGGGUUGCUAUGUUGUUGGCAGUGCUGGAAGUAAAGAGAAGGUUGAUCUGUUGAAGAACAAGUUAGGGUUUGAUGCAGCUUUUAAUUAUAAGGAAGAGCAUGAUCUAGAUGCAGCUUUGAAAAGGUACUGUCCUGAUGGCAUUCACAUAUACUUUGACAAUGUUGGGGGAAAGAUGCUUGAUGCAGUGCUCCUCAACAUGAGACCUCAAGGCCGCAUUGCUGCAUGUGGGAUGGUGUCACAGUACAAUCUUGAAGAACCUGAAGGGGUAAAGAACCUGAUUCAAGUCAUAUAUAAGCAAAUACGCAUUGAAGGACUCGUUGUUUUCAAUUACUAUCACCUCUACCCCAAGUUCUUAGACAUGAUUCUGCCUCACAUUAGAGAAGGGAAGAUUGUGUACUUCGAAGAGAUUAAUGAAGGCCUUGAGAGCGGCCCUGCAGCUCUCAUCAAACUGUUAAGUGGCCGCAAUGUCGGUAAACAAGUUGUUGUUGUUGCUCGCGAAUAACUCAACCUUCUUCUCUAGGUCUCUAGGCCUUUAAGCCAUUGAUGUAUCAAAUAAGAUGAUGGGGUUGGGCUCUGAGUUUUUGUUUCCAAUGGGACUUUCAAUGAAUGGAUCACGAUUACCCAUC